CCAGAUACAGAUAUAGUCGUAAAGGCUCACUGUGUCCACGUCGUUGUAUAAGUAAGUGUGGAGAUUCAGUUCUACAGAAUCAGCUGAACCAUCAUGGGAAAAGGGAAGAAGAAGAAAACUCCUCAGACUCAGGAAGCGGCUAGUUCAGGAACUCCUCCACAACGAUCUCAAGCUGAAGAGGCAGUUUCAGAUAGACAAGCCACGAAGAAGGUGCCAGUGAAACAGGCACAAGAAGUGGGAGAAGCUAGUGGUGCAUCUGCAGUGGCUUCUGCUACCCAUCCUGCACGAGAGCAAAGAGUUGUUGAACGUCUGCCUGAAGCUUUACCACAUCAUCCACCCAUUCAGGAAGCUGGGGCAGCUCAGUUACCACAGCAGAGAGCACCACCAGUGGCAUAUCCCUCAGAUCAAACUGCAUUUCCUCCUCAACGUGGCCGAGGUUACAGUUACGGCCGAGGUCAAGAUCGUGGCCACAGUCGCGGUCGUGCUCGUGGCCGUGGUGGUGAUUACGGGCACGAUGGUGGUGACAGGAGACCGUUUUCCCCACAACAGGAGGCUGUGCAGCAAGUGGCUGCUGCUCAGCCAGGUAGUGUGCCGCCUCAUCAGUGGCAGCAACGCCAGCAGUCGCAACAGCAGUACUGGUCACAGACACCUGCUCAGGAAUGGCGAGGGAGAGGUAGAGGAAGAGGUGGAGGGAGAGGGAGAGGCACUCCUCAAGCAUUCUCGCCAACAGGAGACACUUUCCAAACUCGGGGUGCACCUGGUGCCAGGGAAUCGCCCUUUGCUCCUAGCAGUGCACCACCUGGGCUGCCACAGCAGCAGGGACCACUGCCUGCACAGCAGAUGCAGCAUAGUGGACCACCUCAUCAGCAACAGCGGAGACCACCACAUGAACAGCAAACGCAACCCAGGGAGCGACCUCUACAACAGCAGCAGAGACCACCAUCUGCACAGCAAAUGCAUGUGGAGGGAGCACAUCAGCAGACACCUAGGCAGCAGCAGCCACAGAGCCAAAAAGAUGAUGACAUUGCUCAGAAAAUGAAAAAUUUGUCGUUAGACACUAUAAAUAUACCAGUUCGCCCUAACAUUCUUGAAGGAGGUUCAAAGGGCAGGAAAACAGUGGUCGACACUAAUCAUUUUAGACUAGACCUCAGUAAAUUGAAGAACGAGACUGUCAUGCAUUAUGAUGUGGCAAUCAGUCCUGACCGCCCUAAACGUCUAUUCAGGUCUGCCAUUCUAGCAUUACAACAGGCUUAUUUUCCCACUAGACAUCCUGCAUUUGAUGGCAGAAAGAACAUGAUCGCCUCGAGCUAUUUGCCACGUCUCGGACCAGGUGAAGAAUUGACUGCAACAGUAACAGUUAUGGAUGAGGAAAAGAAUCUUCCAAAGGAUUUUGAGAUCAAAGUGAAGUUGGUUGAUGAAGUUGACUUGACAUGCUUGAAUAGUUACAUGAGAGAAGAAACAAAUCUUGUUUUGCCACAAAAAGCUAUUCAAAUGCUGGAUAUUGUAAUACGCAAUGCUCCUGCACAAAGGUUUACUCAAGUUGGUCGCUCAUUUUUUACACCACCAAAACAAGUUUUCCCACUAGGAAAUGGAAUGCAUAUGUGGUUGGGAUUUUAUCAAAGUGUUAUCCUUGGUUGGAAACCAUUUUUGAAUGUUGAUGUGGCACACAAAGGAUUUCCAGCAGAUAAAAAUGUUAGGGAGAUUAUGGAUGAAGUAGUUGGAUCAAGAUAUGCUCCAUUCAACCCUGAUGUUGAAUUAAAUCGGGACCAAGUAGCAGAUUUAACAGCUUUCCUCAGAGGUCUUAAAGUGGAGUAUAAAUUGCCAGAUCAGACAACAUCAAAACGCAUAUAUCGUGUGAACUCAGCUGUUUUAAGUGCCAGGAGGCAGGAAUUCAAAUUGGCUGACGGGAGACCAAUAACUGUAGAGGAAUAUUUCCGAAGAGAGAAGAAAUACACUUUAAAAUAUCCAAAUUUGCCUUGUCUUCAUGUUGGAGCACAAAAUCGAGACACUCCAAUAUUUCUACCAGUUGAGUUAUGCACAAUAGUGAAGGGACAAGUUACAUUCAAAAAAAUGGAUGAGCAGCAGACCUCAGCUAUGAUCAAAUAUGCCGCAACCUCAACUGUUGAAAGAAAAAGCAAGAUUGAUCACUCUAUUCGUCAAGCAGACUACAACAGUGAUCCCGGUAUCCAGGAAUUUGGAAUUUCGGUCAGUAGUCAGUUUGAAAGUGUCAAUGCAAGAAUUUUGGAUGCACCACAAAUAAUGUAUGCUAAUGAAAGAAAGGUUCAACCAGAUGGAGGUAAAUGGCAGGCACAGCCUUUUCUAAGGAGCAGGUCACUGGAGAAUUGGGUGAUUAUCAAUUAUCGUACACGUAUCUCCACAGAUGAUCUAUGGAGAUUUGGUGAGCAAAUGAAAGAUGUGGGUAAAAAAUUGGGAAUGGCGAUCAGCGCACUACAGGAUGUUAUUCCAUUGGAUAGAAGGUUUCAACCAUACAAACUGAGUGGCCUACUGGAGAGUUUGAAAAACUCAGGAACAGAACUUGCUGUUGUUGUUAUUGAUGAUAGACGUGUGGACUAUGCCCAAGUGAAACAGUAUGCAGAGUUGGAAGUUGGUCUUCUCACACAGUGCCUUAAGUGGAAGACUGUUUCACGAUCCAAUUACAGCACUGUACAAAACAUUUUACUGAAGGUGAAUUCAAAACUAAAUGGAGUGAAUCACAAACUGGCACCGCUUACCAGACCUCCAUGUCUUAAUGAACCGAUCAUGAUCAUAGGAGCAGAUGUGACACACCCAUCACCAGACCAGAGAAAUAUUCCUUCAGUAGCUGCAGUUUGUGCAAGCCACGAUCCUGAUGCUUUCAAAUACAAUAUUCAGUACCGUCUUCAACCGCCAAGGACAGAAAUUAUUCAAGAUCUCAAGGAAAUAAUGACUAACCAUCUUAUGUUUUUCUACAAAGAGACACGGUGUAAGCCCAGGCGCCUAAUAUUUUACAGAGAUGGUGUGAGUGAAGGACAGUUUGCAAUGGUUCUCAGAGAAGAACUAACACAAAUACGAAAUGCCUGUCGUGGCUUGGAAGAAUCGUAUGAACCUCAAAUUACAUUCUUGGUUGUGCAAAAGCGUCACCACACACGUUUCUUCCCAAAGAAACGAGAAGAUGAAGAUGGCAGAAAUAAAAAUGUACCUGCAGGAACUAUUGUGGAUACUAGUAUAACACAUCCCAGGCACAUUGAUUUUUAUCUCGUCAGCCAUGCCAGUAUACAGGGUGUAAGCCGACCAACAAAGUAUCGCAAAUUGUGGGAUGAUUCUAAUAUGGACAUUGAUGAGUUGGAAGAACUGACAUAUUACCUGUGCCAUCUGUUCUCACGGUGUACACGCAGUGUGUCAUAUCCUGCCCCGACAUACUACGCUCACCUUGCAGCAUUCCGAGCUCGCAUGUAUAUUGAAGGGCAAACUAUAAACUUGGACAGAUUGCCACAUGAGCAAGCUCAGAGGAUCAUUAAAGACAACAUAAUUAAAAAUUCUCCCAUGUUUUUUGUAUAGAGAAAUAAUGUUCCUGACAUCACUGUAGAAACAACUAGCAAUUUCUCUUAAUAUAAGUGAUGUGAAAUUGUUCCUAACAUCACUGUAAAAAGAAUCAGCAAUUUCUCUUAAUGUAACUUGCUGUCAUUAAAAGAGACAGUAUGCAACAGUGAAAUAAUUUUCACUUGUGUGUGUGUGUGUGUGUGUGUG